AAAACUAUUUCUAGGUGCUCACAUGGAUGGGUCGUUGGUUGUAUAUGACAAGGAAAAGAGGAUGCUCAAUUCAACCCCGAAGAGGAAGCGAUUAAUGGAAAUGUGAAUGGGACGAGUGGUGAGUCGUUAGAUGCCAGCAAUGGCGGAGCUCAUUACAAUUCUAUUCGAAUCAACAAGUCAGUGCAUUCCAAAAAUCAAAAGGUCAAUCCAGUCGCCGCCUGGAAGUUAUCCAACCAUCGAAUCAACGCCUUCUCCUUCUCGCCUGAUAACCGACACUUGGCUGUUGUGUCCGAGGAUGGCACGCUAAGAAUUAUUGACUAUCUGAAGGAAGAGUGAGUUGAAGUUCCUGGCGCCUGAUCUUGUUGAGAAGCUUAUCUGACUGGGCUGCAAGGCUGCUCGACGUGUUCUAUUCCUAUUAUGGAGGACUAACAUGCGUUUGUUGGUCCCCAGAUGGCCAAUACGUAUUGACUGGUGGACAAGACGACUUGAUAUCAAUAUGGUCACUGUCGGACUCGGCUCUGGUAGCUAGAUGCCAGGGACACCAGUCUUGGGUAUCAGCCGUUGCCUUUGACCCUUGGAGAUGCGAUGAGCGAAACUAUCGUUUCGGUAGCGUGGGAGAAGACGGGCGUCUUUGUCUGUGGGACUUCAGCGUCGGCAUGCUUCACCGACCCAAGGCGCAAUCUGUACGACACCGUGGAUCUGUCUCAUCGCGCUAUACGGCUUUGCAGCGAGCUGAGACGGCCACCACGUCCAACUCAAGGUUGCGAUCAAACUCGAACCUAGAUACCGAAGACGAGGAAAUGGCUAUCGCACACCCUGUGGAGCCGCGGGCUAGAAUUCCAAUGCUCCCUCCCGUACUUAACAAAUCAAUUGAUACCCACCCAGUCUGUUGGCUGGAUUUCACAGAGAACGCUAUCAUGACGAGCUGCAAAUCAGGUAAGCUACACCAAACCAAGCUUUGAAGUCGAUCUUCCGGUCCGAUUGG